AACUGGUUACGGUAUGAAUAAGGUUGAUCAGGUGCAUAGUAUACAUUUGGUUCACAGCGUCUUACAUGGUCUGUCAGUCAAUUAGCAGGUCUCGAAAAACUGAGAUUUUUUGUUUUACUUUGAGAGCUAUCGCAUCUACACAUGGGAAAACCCUCUUUUUGCGUCUCAAGCACAAGUUAGCUGUAGCUGAAAGUGGUAGCAAGAUUUGGGCUCGAGUUUUUGGUAUCAACACAUCUGGCUCACAAGCAGUUAUGCAAGUUGUGAUAUUGAGGAAACCAUGGAUACUUCACACAGAAUGUCCCAAGAGAGAUGGUAUCAAAGAAAACAAAGGCGAACGUCAUACGACUCAAGCUCAGACUUGGAUUCUCUGCACUCACCUUGUUCCUCAAUCACCAUGGAGAGUGAUAAUGAAAUCAUACCUUCACCAACCUAUCUCUCUGCUCCUCCACAGUUGAUACCUGAUCCUGAAUUAAAUCAUACAAAACGAGAGUACGAUGUAGUGGUUCCAUUACCAUUUAUCAAAGCCAACAGUGCUGAAUCCAGAUUUAACUGUAACGUUUGUGGGAAAUUUUUCAAACGCAUGUCCAGUCUGUCAACACACCGACUUAUUCACACGAAUAUAAAACCGUUUCAAUGUACGAAAUGCGAUAAAAGCUUCCUUCGUAAAUCAGAUCUAAAGAAACACGAUAUGAUGCAUAGUGGACAUAAACCUCACCAAUGUGAAGUUUGCGGAAAGCUGUUUAGCCAAUCAUCGAACAUGCUCACCCAUUUGCGGCGACAUUCCGGCGUAAAACCUUUUGCGUGCAAGAUUUGCGGUCGUGCUUUUUACCGUAAAGUAGACGUAAGGAGACACACGUUGCGACACAAGGAACAUCAAAUCAGUUCGUAAAAUAAUCAACUCAACUUCAGAUUCCUGCUAAUGACUUUUACGAAGAAAUUUAUAUAGAGAUAAAUGUAAAUAUAGAUGAUAUUUAAAACUUAAAACCGAAUGUGUAUAUUUAUGUAACACAGAAUGAUUUAAUAAUAUAGGAAUGCUAAUGAGACCAUUAUUCUUCUAAUUAUUACAAUUAACGACAGAAACAGAUACUGUGAAGUGGAUUAAUUUGAGAAGUAUACAAAUGAGUAUACUAUAAACUCGCGUGGGUAAAUAGCAUGAUUCUGUUUUAUGAUCCAAAACAAAGCAGUAAAGUAUUUGUCGUGACUUUUGUUUGCUAUCAUUUUUACUUUUUGCAUAUUGUUGUGUUUUGUAGCUUUCUAUUUUUAUUUUUACCAUUUUAAGCUAGCCAAGCAACUUUUUUUUGGCAAGAAAUGUAAAUAUAUAGAUAGUAUGUAGAUGUAACUUUUUUAUUUAUUAAGAAAAUUUUUAGUGAUGAGUAAAAAAAAUCCAACAUGCUUAAAAAA